CAUUGCUCGUCCCGAUUGGAGUUUGCAGAUCACGUGGGCUCAGGCGCUGCCCUGAUUGGCGAGCUGCUUCCCCACAUCCCGGAAGUGACACUACACUGGCAGUGACGCUGUGUGUGUGGUUGUGUAUCGCUGGGGUGAGUGAUUACAGCUUAUCUCGCCGUAUUUAUCAUCACACUGAGAGCUACUUAGCCUGAUAUGGAGGACCUGGAAGAAGAAUAUUUUACACUAUCGAUAUCAUCCCCCAAGGAUGAGGAGUUUGACUCCGUGAUAGGACAAUUGGAGGACAUUAUAAUGGAUGACCAGUUCCAGUUUCUACAGAGAACCUUCAUGGAAAAGUAUUACCAAGAAUUUGAAGACACUGAGGAAAAUAAGCUGACGUACACCCCAAUCUUUAAUGAAUAUAUUUGUUUAUUGGAGAAGUUUAUAGAGGAACAGUUACUUGAGCGGAUUCCAACAUUCAAUAUGAGCGCUUUCAUCUCAUCCCUACAAUCUCAUCGGCAGGAGAUGGCCGGAGACAUAUUUGACAUAUUGCUCACGUUCACGGAUUUCCUGGCUUUCAAGGAAAUGUUUCUUGACUACAAGGCUGAAAAGGAGGGCAGAGGCCUGGAUCUCAGCAGCGGAUUGGUGGUGACGUCUUUAUUCAGCUCCUCUGUCUCCUCCUCCUAGAUCCGCAGCUGUUCUAUUUAUUCCCAUUACAAUAUUACAGUCACCAGCGACCAGCCCUCCAUGAUCUACAUAUCAUCUCUCCUGUUGUCCCAGUGGAUCUUCUCCCCCCAACUACGGUCUACAUCAGGAAGAAGUAUUAAGACUGACUUGUUCUGGUGUGCCCGAACUAUGCGAGGUUCAUAAGCCUUCCAGUACCUGUGCUUUUCUCAUAGGACGUGUGUGUGUGUGUGUUUGAUGUACCACAGUCAGUCAGUAACCGUUGUCUUUGUACAUACCAUCAGCCGUACACAGUAUUGUAGUCAAAUAGAAUAUUCCAGAAACUGAUUAGAAAUACUCGGUUAAUAUUGCUGUUAUGUAUCGAGAUUAUAUAGACCACAAAUUUAUUGUAGUGCGCGUGUAGCGGUUCUUGUACUGGGCUACCGUGUGAUCUGUAGGUCAUGUGACGUCUUGCUCAUGUUAUAUCAGCUUUGUGCAUUAGCUUAGGGACUGUGGUGUCUCUUAUAGAGAUUUACCUUUCAGUAUGUAAGUGUAUACAUUGCAUUCGCCCACAGUAUGGCUGCGCCCAGGGGCUGUAGGCAAUGUACAGCCUCUGAUUUCCCCAGGAACUAGUCACACAGCGCUGAUCACACUUACUUCACUGUGCUGCACUAGCACACAGUGAUAUGAGGUGGCUGCACUCGCUACACAAUGUGAGGGUGAAAUGGCUGCACUCACUACACAAUGGGGGUAAUUCAGACCUGAUCACUAGGGUGCAUUUUUUGCAUCCCUGCGAUCAGGUAGUCGCCACCUACAGAGGGAGGGAGAAAUCGCUGUGCAGGGGUGCGACCGCAUGUGCAGGAGAGCUGCACAAACAGCAGUUUGUGCAGUCUCUGCACAGCCCAGGACUUACUCAGCCGCUGCGAUGACAUCACGAAUCCGCCCACAAAACGCCGGGUCCCUCCUGCAUUUUUCUAGACACUCCCUAGAAACGGUCAGUUGCCACCCAAAAUGCCCUCUUCCUGUCAAUCUUCUUGCGAUCGGUGGUGCGUUCGGUUUUUUCACACCAUUCCGUCGCUGCCCAGCUCCCCCCGUCGCACCUGCGCAUUGGGGUGCAUACGCAGUUCAGACAUGAUCGCACGCUGUGUGAAAACGGGUCUGAAUUACCCCCAAUGUGAGGGGGAAGUGGCUGCACUCACUACUCCACAAGGUGAGGGGGAAGUAGCUGCACUCGCUACUCCACAAGGUGAGGGGGAAGUGGCUGCACUCGCUACUCCUCAGUGUGAGGGGGAGGUGGCUGCACUCACUACUCCACAGUGUGAGGGGGAGGUGGCUGCACUCACUACUCCACAGUGUGAGGGGGAGGUGGCUGCACUCACUACUCCACAGUGUGAGGGGGAGGUGGCUGCACUCGCUACUCCACAGUGUGAGGGGGAGGUGGCUGCACUCGCUACUCCACAGUGUGAGGGGGAGGUGGCUGCACUCGCUACUCCACAGUGUGAGGGGGAGGUGGCUGCACACACUACUCCACAAUGACAACAUUGGGUUAAAUUAAAAAAAAAAAAAAAAGUUACCUCGGACUGACAACACGAUGGGUAAAUUCCAUUUUGUAUCCUUCUGCUGUGUCCUCCUUGUAAUCUCAGCACAUUAUCUGCCACUAAGACUGCGAUCUCUGGUGCAUCAUCUUUGUAUCUUAUUUUAAAUUUUUGGCAGAAAAUUAAAAUCUUUUUUUUUUUUUUAAAUAAAAUGUUAAGUUAAAUGUC